AUGGCAGCAGCGUUUGUGGCGGACUUUGCGGGUGCACCGGGGUCGGCUGGACUGGUAGAAGCCUCUGCAAGCAAGCCAGUUAUUCCUGAUAGCUUCCAUUUUGAUGAGGAGAAGUUCAAUGCUGCAGACACGACAGAAAAGAAAGAGUUAUUUCUGUUUCAGUGGUUGUCUAUUUUAGCAAGGGACUUGAAUAAGUCGUCGCUGGACACCAUCAAGGCUGGCCAGGCGGACCUGGAAAAAACUCUUCUGAAAUUCCUUGCAUCUACAAAUCCCAAGCCCUCACGUCCGAUUCGCCGACUGAUAUCACGAUGCCUCGUCGUAAUAUAUAUGAAUGGAGACAGUAGGACUUUAUUUGAUACGUUGUCGGCAGUGCAGGGGAUGAUGGUUAAUAAGAAGCUAGAAGAUCCAUCUCUUCGGAUUGCAGCGGUAUAUUGCGUGGGAAUCUUGUCGGAAACACAUGGUGGAAAAUUGAUGUCCUUAUUCCCCGAAACAGUAACGUCACUUCUCAAAUUGUACAAGAAUGCGAAAGAGUCAGAUGUGGCCUUGCGAUACGAGACCAUUGUCGCUCUGACAAGAUCCCUAAAAGGCGCUGGAAAAGGCGCUACGGAUGUUAUGGUUAAGGACAUCGUAAAAGUUGCAAAGGCAUGUGUAGCUGAUAAGCUCCCGUUGAUGAGGAUAGUAUCGGUAGAGCUGCUUCAAGCAGUAUACGAGCACACCUUACAGGCACCCCCUGCAAAAUUGGAUGAGUACGAGUCGUUGCUUGCUACAACCAUGAAGGCUCUAGAAUCGGCGAACUAUGGUGUUCGUCGCGGUAUCGCUUCCUUCGUGGCUACCCUCCUAAACCUGUCUCAGCAGCCAAUGCAGAAGAAAGCGACCGCAAAGAAAGGUCAGAAGGGUGCAGUGGCCGAGCCAGAGGCUGGCAAUGCAUCCAGCGCGACAGAGCAGAACAUUCUGACGGUCGAGGAGAUGCUUGGUCUAUUUUGCACUCUCUGUACUAAGGCUACGUCACGAGAAAUGCGCGUUGGGAUAAUAGAGGCGUAUGCGGUCACUUUGAAGAGACUCGGAGUCAAGUUUGUGGAGGGGAAUUAUGCGACUAUCGUGAAAAAUGUGGUGGAUAUGGCAACUCAUCCGAAACUUACAACAACUCCUGUGGACACCAUAUUCAUGCGAGAAUCGGCGGGAUUCCUGCUCCGCGAUGCUGUAGGGAAGAUGCUAAGCGAAGUGGCUCAAGUGAAUGCCAUGAAAGAACUGGGGAACGGAUGGUUGCGGAAAUGGCCACCCGUUCUUGGAACGGACGUGGCACCGUCAGAACACGCACUUGUGUGUAUUCUGAAUGAGCUUGCUGCCCUGUUGAUUGAUUUGGGCCCUGCUGCAGCGGGAGAAGAGGGUGCUGUGGUUGAGCCGUUAUUCAAGCUUGUUGCUCAUCCUUCACGAUCGGUAAAUCUUGCACUGGCGUGGUGCUUACGAGCACUUUCUCUCGCACUUCCAUCCCACCUGUCUCAGUUGAUCAGCAAGAUGAUGGCGCUAAUUCAAAAAGACUUAGUGCAUCUUCAUGGAGACAAGCCCGAGUUUCUAAAUCGAUUCAUCGGAUAUGGAAAUGCUCUGGCGGCCUUGAUCAGCGCAGCCCCAAGUCAUACAUUGUACGUGUCAUUCGAGAUCAUGGCCCGUAUCUUUGGAUUGUCGGUGCAGCUACUCAAAAGUGCUUCAGUGUCGAAGGAUUACAGAGCUAUGGCGGCACAAACCCGUGUUGCUUGGACUCUUAUAGGAGCGUUGAUGUGUCUUGGACCCGAUUUUGUGCGGGUGCACACGUCUCAGCUAUUGUUGAUUUGGAAGAACGUGUUUCCAAAGCCAGGUGCGAAAGACAACACCACGAGAACUGAAGCCGAGUGGGAGUAUCUUCUUACCAGCAAAGAAGCUGCUCUGGCCGCCUUAUAUAGCUUCAUGAUAUACAACCCAAAAGAAGUAACAUCAACGGACGUCGCCAAGCGGAUUGCGCUAUUUUUGAACAAUACCCUAUCCUUCAUGUUGGCACUGCCAAUUGUGUACACCUCGACCGGCCCUCUACCGCCCGGUGCGCCAAAUCCUGAAUUGAUCUUCGUUCGCAUGGAGAGCUUCUUGCGUAGACGGCUAUUCGUUUGCUUCAAAGUUCUCAACCCGCCAGCAACAUAUGAGAUGAGCUAUUCUCUACUUCUUCGCGCAGCUCUUGACGUGUUUGCACCUGAUCCGGAAAAGAUGCAGGAGCGGUUUGGUCCGCCGCCUACCUCGCCAGAUAAGGCGAACCAAGCCGCCGCUCAGCAAUCUCUCUUGACAUCUUUGCUGGAAGGCUCUGUUGUGCACGUCGCAUCCACUUUAGGCGCUGAGGACCGCGGUAUUGCGCGCGUCUUGAAUAGGGACACGGAUGUGCAGGCCCUCGAGAAUCUGAUUGAGCAGCAGGUUCCUGGAAGUUUGGAAAAUGACCCGCAUUGCCUAUAUCUUCAAACUAAAAUCCAGGAUACGCCGUCCAACAACAUGCAUACUUACGAGCUCGUCAAUAGCCGUCCAAGUCCGCCGCCAAUACACAUCGCAACCGUGGACGCGGCCAUUGAGCUGUUUGCGCUUUUACUGCCAUUACAGAAUCCCGCAGUUCAAGAAUCUUUGAUGGAGCAGUUGAUUAGUCUGACGAAGUAUCCGGGGACCAAGAUACCGCCGGGUCGGAAAAGAGCAAUGCAACUGAACAUUAUGGCCGCUGUAAUUGGAGUUCUGAAACAUGUGAUGGUGAAGAAAGGGGCUCUAGCCAGCGGGAAAGUCUCGGUUGCAAUUCGUGACUUGGUAGAAGAAUUUCUGACGGGUCCUGAUCCUGUAUUUCGCACCCUAUCAUGUGAGGUACUUGGUCGACUGGCCCGUAUUGUUGGUACAGCCACAUUCGUCAAUCCUUUGAUACAGAAUCUCGUGGACAAUGUGGUCAAAAACCGCGAUCCAGAUGUGCGAGCGGGUUCAUCAUUAGCACUGGGAUAUAUUCUCAGCUAUGUUGGUGGAAUGGCUGCUUCGUCACAGCUUAAAACUGUGGUGGGGAUUCUGCAUUCGCUGGCAACCGAUCCGCAUCCUCUGGUCCACACCUGGGCACUACAUUCACUCUGGCUUGUAAUCGAAAGUGCUGGUUUGAUGUAUGGGCCUUUCGUUAACUCGACGCUCUCUGUUGCGGUCAAGUUACUCAUGUCGGAAAGCCACGAGAUAACUGCCGCUGCCGCAAAUGAACAGGGAAAAAACAGUAAUAAUGAAGUGUACCCUUCCAUCGGACGGAUUCUUUACGCGUUAGUGGGUGUUAUCGGACCUGAAUUGCAGAUGUCAACAAAAGUCCGCGAGUUGUGCUUCAGUUUGUAUGAGGAACUAAAAAACGAAGAGGAUCCUUUUGUGGUUGUGGAGGCCAUCCGUUGCAUCCAGCAUUUCAUUUUGUUUGCGCCUAAGCAUGUGGAUAUCUUUACAUUGAUUCCGUUCUUGCAGUUGCAAUUGACUGGCAAUUACAACACGCAAGGUUAUUUAACGCGAAAGGCGGCGGUGACCUGCUUGUAUCAGCUCACACAGCGGAGUCCCGACUUAGUGCUAGAGGCCGCGGUCAACAAUCAGCUGGAAGAGCAGCUGUUUGCAUUGCUGGAUAUGGAGACAGAUGGAACGGUCAGAGACGAGAUUAGAGAUACUUUAACAAACCUACUGAAGCAUGUGGCUCCCGAACGACCGUCCAGAUGGCUAGACUUGUGUAAAAGCAUCCUGUCCAAAACAGGGGGACCAGUUGGCGCUGCCCCUACUGUCGACAUCGCGACAAUUGCUAAUCCAGCGUCAGUGAUUGGCGCUACUCAUGAGGAGGAUGAUGACGAUAUAUUUGGCGUUGAUCAUUCUGAUGCAGAACAAGCCGGUAGAACUGAAGGCGGCGGACCGGCCAGCGCGGUGGGAACUGCGCCUGGUGCUCCAUUGAGCAUCUCAGCCAAACUCGUUCUCCUGCUGCUUAUGCCACGGUGGAGGACCCAAGGUUUCGCAUUGGCCUGCCUCCGCCAGCUGUUAUUUGUCAUGAGGGAUACGAAGGUGAAGGAACACUUUGAUCUGGGACUGGCAAGAACAGCAGUUGAACGGCAGGGAAGGAAGCUGGAUUUGCUUGUGUUCCGAUUGGCCGAUUUAAUUAGGAUGGCAUUCUCCGCCGCAACGGCAAACGUUAACGAUUUGAGGUUGGAAGGAUUGAAACUGCUUCGUGAGAUCCUAGAGAUAUUUGCCGCCGCGCUAGACCCCGAUUACGAGGACCAUGCUUUAUUGGAGCAGUACCAGGCGCAAAUUGGCGCGGCUCUUACUCCAGCGUUUGCGAAUGACUCCGCCCCGGAUGUGCUCAGUUUGGCUUGUCACGUCUCAGCUGUCUACAUUGGUAGUGGGAUCAAUCGGGACCUUGGGACGCUCUCUCGAGUAUUGCGACUUCUAACUGCCGUGAUGGAGCGUUUCAAAGACAAUGCCAAUACAUCAGCCGGUCAAACAACUCCACAUGCAGACGUCCUAUUACGAAUUUCCAUUGUCACAGCGUGGGCUAACCUCCAUAUUGCCAGCUUUACACAUCGGUAUUUGGAGGAAGUCACGAAGCCCAACCUUCCCACUUUGGCAGACCUUUGGAUGUCAACUCUGCAAGAUUAUGCUAAAGUGAAGCUGGAUCCCGAUGUUUUGUCUAAUGCUGCUGGUGACCCAAGCGCUCGAUCUAGCAUGGACAGUUAUCUGGAGGCAACGCGACAUGUUGUUUUACCUUUUUACCGAAAGUCUUGGCUCUUCAUUAUGCAAGCGUUGACAAGUUUAGUGGAUACGCAACCCGAUCUCUUUGUAAAGCAGCUACAUGGGACAGUACCAGAGGAAGAUGUACGAUUACCAAAGACUUUCUACGUCCUUUUUGGACUCUGCGUCGAGGCACUUUCAACCACGGGCCUCGGCGCGGGCGGUACAGUCAAGCUAGGUGGAAUUCCGGGAUUGACAGCUGGCGGAAACAUAUCAAAUACUGCUGCCCAGAAGAGUGAACGAGAAGAAACAAUCAUGUCAAAAGUGUGUCUGGAAAGUCUGAAGAGGCUUUUGACCCCAGUGGUAGUGGGGCAUGAGUUCCUGGAUCCGCCGAUGUUUUUGGAAGUGAUGAACCUUUUUGAUAAGCUUGUGCAAACGGAAGAUGUUCCUGUCCAAAUACAUGUAGUCCAGAUUGCUAGGCAAAUAGUCUUGGAAUUUGGCGACUAUCUUGUAACAAAUGACGCGGGGCUGAGCUCCCAUGAGGGUUCGUUAUCAAGCUCAUUAGAUACCGCUGGAAGUCCCUUGACUGAGAAUCUCAGCAUCGCUUCAGUGAAAGGGUUGAACGCGAAAGUGUACAAGGUCGUCAAGCUGCUGUUUGAUGUAUUUGCGUACCACGUGCCCACUCUUUCCAACAACCCUACCUCGACCGUCACUGCAAACAGAAAUCUUACCCCUGACACAGUCGCGCUUCUGUCCUGUGCAUUGGAUACUCUGACUGUGCUGACGACGUCAGUAGGCGUUCGGGAACAAUUCAGUGCCGAACUGGUUCCGAUUGCGUUCUUUUUAUAUCUGGCUAUAUUGAGCAACGACAAGUUCCAGGAAGACCUGGCACCCAGAGUCUUGCUGUAUGUCAAAACAUGUGUCGAUGCCCUGGACAAUGCACAACCGGGCAAUGAGGAUGCACGUCGGAUUAUCGCUCAAACGCUGCAAUCUGCCGUGUCGACGUUACUGGACAUAUUCGACUACGAGAUCUGGACUACAACAGCGGAUUCAUCCUCGCAGGAAUCUGAUGAGGUUAAUUCUGUCAUGAUCAAGAACGGCUUGCUUGCCUCGGUCGUGAUCAUUACGUCCAGUCCAAUGUUGAGCCAUCAUCCGGGCAACCAGGAGCGCCUUGUAAAGUGCCUGGGGAGAUCGUUGAGGCAUUUCAGUGAGCAGCUGCCGUUGAUAUCCUUACAAUGCAUACGGACUCUGCUUGUCGCGACUGCGAAGUCUACUUUGAUGCCAGCGUGGUUGGGGGUCAUGUAUGUGCGACUCUUGUUGCCACUGGUGACAGCAUGGCUGCUGGAUUGUGCUGAAGAACUCGCUGGAUCGAGUGCACCAUCGACAAAGGUUCCCAUCAUUGAAGAGGGAUUGAAAAUGCUACUGCUGUUUUAUGGAAUGGCUGAACUGCAAAAGAAAAAGCUAGCCCUGUUAUCUAUUGUUGUUCCCGUCUUUAUCCAUUUCAUUUCGGAUUUUCCUGAUGGUCAGGUGCCAUCCUUCACAUCAUCCAGUGCUCGUCAACUUCAUAUCUUCGCCUGUCAAACACUGCUACAAGUUGCAGCGCAACACCCUCAACAAUUCAAAGUGGCAAUUGCAGGGCUUAAAGAAAGCCAAAGGGAUAUUUUGCAGAGGGGAUUACAGAGCGUUGUUACACUACAACAACAAAAUGUAGGAAGGGAGAGGGACAGCGUAUCCGGACUCGAUAGCGGGGUAACAGAGGGCGACAGGAACGCUACACCCAAGAUCGCGUUGAAAAGUUUUGCAAACUUCGGAUAGUUAUUUGAGAAUCCUAUUACAGUUUAUUUUUAUGACUCGCAACAAUACACUAAAACUUUCAAGAAUGGAAA